AUAGGAUUUUUCUCAUACCAUUGAUUUCUAUUGCAGACUGAAUAUUUACAUACAAAAAUUUCUUACGAUUUUGUUUCUUCAUCUAUGUGUGGUAUAUUGUCCUGAUAUUUCGAAUUUGUAAAUUUCAUGCAGGCCGUGAUUCUAUCUGCGUCAUUGCAUACCUUGUGAAGAAUUUGAAGAAGCAUACUUAUCAAACCCGCCUUCAAAUGAUGAAAAACAACCAGCCAACGGUUUUCAAGAUGUCAAGCUGUGUCAUUUUCUGUGGAAAAUUGGAGGAUAUCUUUCCUCAUGACUUCGAUCAACUCAAGAAAUUCGUAACAAAUCAGUGGGAAAGAAUUACAAAACAGCAAUGGCAGGAUAGUUGGUUUCCACCAUCAAAGGAUACUCAACCAAAUGACACCACACGCGCUAUCAAAUACGAUGCAGCAACAGACAACAGGAAGAAAUCUAGAAGAGAACCUCGCGGUCAAGGUGAUCAAGAGUCAUCACUGAAAACAGGCCAAACAGGCAAUGAGGACAGAAGCACCAAUGUGCAUGAGUCAGGGCAAGGCAAUCCCCAUCAAGUGGAUUCGGCAACAGACAACAAGACGGAAUCUAGAAGAGAACCUCGCGGUCAAGGUGAUCAAGAGUCAUCACUGAAAACAGGCCAAACAGGCAAUGCGGACAGAAGCACCAAUGUGCAUGAGUCAUGGCAAGGCAAUCCCCACCAAGUGGAUUCGGCAACAGACAACAAGACAGAAUCUAGAAGAGAACCUCGCGGUCAAGGUGAUCAAGAGUUAUCAUUGAAAGCAGGCCAAACAGGCAAUGCGGACAGAAGCACCAAUGUGCAUGAGUCAGGGCAAGGCAAUCCCCAUCAAGUGGAUUCGGUCAAAGAAAAAUGCAUGGACUCUGGAAGAAAACCUCACGGUCAAGCUGAAAGUGCUCAACAUUCCGAACCUUCUGAGCCCAGAACCUUCGAGGAAGUCCUCGCAUCCAUCGCAAAGAAAAAUAAAGGUGUGAAAGAAGUAAUGGACGCUAUAUAUACAGUAAUGGACGUUAUGGAUGAGGUGAGGAAAACUACGGAGAAGGAGCUGGAUGCUAUGGAGGAAAGCAAGACAGCUAUGGGGAAAACAAUGAAGGAACUGGAAGAUAUGGAGAAAGAAAGGAAAACAUUGAGGGCAAAACUGAAAGGUAUGAAGGAAGGAAAGAAAAGUAUGGAGAAGGUAAAGAAAGAUAUGGAGAAGGUAAAGAAAGAUAUGGAGAAGGGACUAUGAGCUAUGGA